AUGGAGAGUCGUGUGGGGUUGGACUACAUAGUGGAGCAUGCCGAAUACGCGGGCAAGCUCGCGGCGGCGCUCACCUCGCCCGCAGCUGCCGUCAAGAAGCAGGUGUUCGAACUGCUGUCUGCGCUAUGUGUCUACAAUGCCGACGGCUACGCUAGGGCUGUUGACACACUAGAUCGAUAUAAGACAUUAAAAGGCGACCGGUACCGACUGAGCGUGGUGGUUGAAGAGCUGAAGAAUGCCACCACAACAGACUACAAGACGGCGCUGGUGGCCUUCAUCAACUGCCUCAUCAUAUCCGCACCCAGGCUCCCAGAUAGAAUACGUGUACGGAAUGAGUUUAUAGGUCUCGGCUUACUACCAACAUUAAGCAACUUACGACAUGAAGCUGCCAGCCAUCCAGACCUGGGCGUGCAGCUUGACGUGUUCGAAGAGCAGAGGGAAAGCGACGAAGCUCAAGGUCCUGGAGGAAUUAAUCUCAACUCACACCUCGAUGUGUUUUACGCUAUACUUAAACAGGUUGCAGACACACCUCAAGAAAUACCCUUCCUAAGCAUCCUUCAGCAUUUGCUCAAAUUAGACCCUAAAGAACCGGUCAGUGACAUAAUCUGGGAUACAGCCGAGACGCUGGUCCACCGAGCCACGUUAUUGGAGAGCAGAGAAGAUGCUGCCAAGUUACUACGAGCUCCAAGUGUUCAAGCGAAAGUAGGAUGCAUGUGCCAGCACAGGGAUACGUCGGGUGCGGCCAGGAAACAGAGCUUGCAGAGAGCCCUGUCGCCGCCCCCUCCGCCACCGCCGGCGCCAGCACCACCACCUCCUGCAGUAGCCGCAGCGCCCCCCCGCGCCACCCGCGCCGCCCCCUUUGGCACCACGCGGGCCGCCCCCACCACCUCCACCAGCGGGCUCCACGCCUCCCGCGCCGCCCUCCCCCCGCACCUGCGCCUGCGCCCCUUGAGCGCCUGCCUCAGCAAGAAAUCCCCACACCCAAGACCAAGAUGA